CUGCUGGGUGGCAUCGGGGAGCUCAACAAGCACCGCCACCCGAACUUUCUGGUGGUGGAGAAGGACAUGACCAUCAAUGAAAUCGAGGACACCUUCCGGCAAUUUCUGAAUCGGGAUGACAUCAGUAUCAUCCUUAUCAAUCAGUAUAUUGCUGAAAUGGUGCGACAUGCACUGGAUGCCCACACACUUUCAAUACCUGCUGUUUUGGAGAUCCCUUCCAAGGAACAUCCCUACGAUGCAGCCAAGGACUCCAUCCUACGUCUUUUCCUUCCCCCAUACACAGAAGAGAUUAAGUGA